CAUCAUGCAAAAAUUGGCCCUAGGUGCGUCCACUUAACUCCGAAGUAGACGGAAGUUUUUGGAAAUGUAAUAUUAUCGUCUGCUUUAUUUAAAAAAAAAAAAAAACCGUGUCUCAAAAAGCAGCCCUAAUUAACCCGAACCGGUGUAGUCACUUUGUAUAGCGACUCAAACUUGUGCUUUGGACCGUCUUCAGCUUGAAUGCAAAGUGAUGACUUAACCCCGGCCCGGCCGCUUUAACCCUUAGUUCGCCCGCCCGCCCGGGUGAUUGCAACCGAGCCUGACGUGAAAUCGGCAGACCUGAUCACUCGCCCAUUGAUUGUAUGACAUUUUUGUUUUGCGCACUGAUAUUUGAUGCCGUGUACGUGUUCUCUACAUAGUUCCAGGCUACACAAACGUUUGAGCUUUGCUGCCAUUUUAUCUCAUAGAGCACCCCACUAAAAUGUCCCUUGCCUCGGCUCGUGUCUGUGAUUAAUACGAGAAUAGAACUCGUAACAAUCAAGCGGUAUUGUUCGCUAGUGGAUCGUUAAACCCACAUAGCGCUUUUUUGGGCUGCACAACUUGCACAAGUAAUGUUUCAUAAAAAUGUCUGGUGAAUGACUACACGAAACCUUGAAUAAAUACACAGGUUUUCAAAAUAACCUUUCAGCUCAAAAUUGAGAAUCCUACUUGUUUAACAGCAUGUUUUUGUUUUCUCCCUCCGUUACGUGAACGCCACCAAGCAUCUGGAGGACACCGUGUGCGCAUGCGCAUAACUCGAGCAGCUAGGAUAUGACUGCACUUUUUUGGGUCGUAAUUCUACCACUUGGGCUGCCAGUCGGGUUGUCGAGUGUGUCUACUACCAAUAAUCAUCAUCAUCAUAAUAAUCGUGGUUUAAUUUCUUGGGCUUUUCCUUUGUAAUGCCUCCAUCCGUGUGAGGGCGAGUUGCCGAAGACGAGGCAAGCCGUUUUUGUCGUUAGUUGCAGCCAGACUAUGUCGACAAAUAAAACAAAGAAAGUCAAAAUGGCUACGAAAUCUUGUCCCGAAUGCGACCAACAGAUUCCCGUGGCGUGCAAGUCGUGCCCGUGCGGCUACGUGUUCAUUAGCAGGAAACUCCUCAACGCCAAGUUGAACGAAUGCUCGUCCACAAACGCGGCGGCGGGUAAGUCGGCCGACAAGCUGGAGAGCAAGCGUCGGCGCACGGAGCGCAUCCGGCGCGAUCGUCCGGACGGCGGACCGGCGGGCGGCGAGGCGGCCGAAGGCAGGAGGCAGCAGCCCCGGGCCAACGGCCAGGCCAACGGCCAGGCCGACCCCAUCCGCAGGGGCCGGGGGCGACCCAAGACAGUCGGGCUCAAGAAACACGAGGACGACAAAGCAGAGAAACAAGAGAAGGAGGUGGACGUGUACGCCGGCCUGUCGGACGAGCGAGCGUUUGUCUUCUCGGUGGCUUUGGCCGAGAUCAACCGCAAGAUCCUGGCUCAGACGCUCAUCUUGUAGCGAGCCAGCCCGACGUCACGGACCUUGGUGACGGGACGCGCAUCUUAAGCAGUUUUGGAAAUAAACCAUGGCAAGACCAGGCAGGCAGGUCGUGGGGUGGGCCCAACUGAACUCUCCCUGGGGCCGGGAACCUUUUGAGGUGUUAGGGCUUGGGGGGGGGCACUGACUAAUGACUGAGGAGAUUCAAGUUUUGGGUGGUUGUGUUGAAAACGCAGCUCUUAUUUGUGAUUGGCUUCCCAGCCGUCCAUGGUCUAAACUUGUUUCUGGGCCAAAACAAAACACUCUUUUUACCAUGGAAUCAUUUAGUUUCGCUGGCUUCAAGUGCCAGGAAAAUCGACGACCCAGGAACGUUUAGUGGAAAUACCGAUAAAGAACACAAGGAAUUCCUAAUGAGAUCCUGGAAGCUGAAUAAAAUGUUUUCAAGUUCCAAGUA